CGGGGAUAUGCCAAACGACGCAACAUCGUCGUCCUGAUCUCAAAACUGGUCAUUUCUACAUGAUAUCAGUUUGAAUUUCCAGAUCUGCGUCGCCAUUUCGUCGAAGCUUUGGUUUGCCAUACCCGCAAGCCAUUGGUCUAGUGCACCCUACAUCGUAUAUUUCAGCGGAAGUCAUGUCGUCAGAGUCGAAUUUCUCCUUCCUACCUCAAGGAGCUAUCAUCCAGGAGUUCAAAGUCGCUGGCCACAACAUCGUUCUGGGCUAUCCCAGACCGGAGCCGUAUGCUGACUCUCCAUUCUAUGGAGAGACCAUUGGUCGAGUUGCAAACCGAAUCAAAAAUGCCGAGUUCAACCUGAAUGGCAAAAUUUACAAGCUGGCUGCCAAUAAUGCUCCAAAUUCUCUCCACGGAGGGUCAAAAGGAUGGGGCAAGAAACAAUUUGACGGCCCGAAACCUGUCAACCGGCAUGGUAAAGAAGGCGUUUUGUUCACGUAUGUUUCGCCCGAUGGAGAAGAAGGGUAUCCCGGCACGGUGGAAUUGAGAGUUUGGUAUACUGCUUGGUCUGAGGAUGAAGCUGGGAUCUCCAAGACAGUCCUCGAAACGGAGUACGAGGUAGAGUUCAUUGGUUCCGAAUGCGAGGAAACGAUUGUCAACGUAACCAACCACGGCUACUUCAACUUAAGUGAUGGUCCAACGAUCGAGGGCACUGAGGUGACCCUUCAUACCUCGAAGCAUUUGCCUGUGGAUGCGUUUGACAUACCUCUUGGCACCAUCGAGGACUUCCCAGGCAUUGAGGCGGAAAAGCCUUUCGUCCUUGGCCCUCAGGAGCCUGAUAUCGAUCACUGUUUUGUUGUCGAUACCGAUACACAUGAUCUGCCACUUGACACCCGGAAGAGGCCAUUGAAGCCGUUGAUCAGCGUUUGUCACCCGAAGACGAAAAUCCACCUCGACAUUCUCAGCACGGAGCCUUCCUUCCAGUUCUACACUGGCAGACAUAUCAAUCAAGCUGCAACGGAAGAUACACCCGCCCGAGGGCCCCGAGCAGGGUUUUGCGUCGAACCUGGACGAUAUAUCAACGCCAUCAAUGUGCCUGAAUGGAAGAAUCAGGUUGUGUUGAAACGUGGUCAACUUUGGGGAGCCAAAACAGUCCACAAGGCUUGGAAAGCAUGAGAAGAUUGUUGACGAUGUGUGACAAAGGCUGUAUCGACUCGGAGAAAUGCCAUUUCAUCUGCGACCGGCUUUGUCUAGGUAGCGAACACGUGGCAGCAAUUGAUGACCGCAGCAAGAGAAUUAGGCCACUUUCUAGAAUCUUACCCAGUGAGCACUUGGAAGGGAACGGUCCAGUCAGAAGCGUCGGCAAGCCACACCGCGCACGCAUCGGACUGCCCAAGAAGCUUGGUCUUGGUCAGAGGAUGGGCAUCUUGUCGACCAGCGUCAAAUUCAGGGUUAUACUAUGAUAGAUUGGAAAAAGCGAAAAAAGAUGGCGCGUGGCGAAUGUCAACCUCAGGUGACCCCUUUUGUUGUCUCCGUACUCGGUAAAAUGCCUCAUAUUCUAAUUUCCAUGGUUGGCGAGCAGACUCC